AUGAGUACCCUCAGUUGGAACUGUCGUGGCUUGGGCAAUCCACGAACAGUUCACGAAGUGUUGGACUUAGUGUCCCGCAAGAAGCCCGAGUUUGUCUUUUUAAUGGAAACCAAGGUGGGACGGAGUCAUGCAGAGCGUCUCCGUAUCAAGCUUGGGUUUGAAGGAUUGUUCUAUGUUAACAGUGUUUGUCUGAGUGGUGGUCUGGCUCUGUUUUGGAGAAAAAAUAAUACUGCACGUUUGUUGAGUUUUUCUAAGAAUCAUGUGGAUGUAGAGGUUAGUAUGGCAGGUCUGGGUAGUUGGAGGAUGACUGGAUUUUAUGGAUUCCCUGAGCGGGCCCGGAGAAGUGCAUCAUGGGACCUCUUACGAUCCCUAGUAGACAGGUCUACCCUACCUUGGGUGGUAUUAGGGGAUUUUAAUGAUUUACUUUUCCAGCAUGAGAAGCGUGGUGGUAAUCCGCAUCCUGACAGCCUCCUACGCGGCUUUGGGGAGGCAGUCGAUGAAUGCAGACUGACUCAGUUACCUAUGCAGGGUUAUCAGUUUACCUGGGAAAGGGGAAAUGGCACUCUUGAUUGGAUGGAGGAGAGAUUGGAUAAAGUUCUAGCUAGGGCGGAUUGGUGCGAAGCAUUGCCAGAUGCAACCGUGACUAACCUGCUCACCCGUUCUUCUGAUCACUCGGCUCUCUUUUUGGGAGUAAAGGAAGAUAGGCAAGGCUGGGGAGGAAGUCGAAAAAACUUCAAGUUUGAGAUGGCAUGGAUUCAUGAUGAGGGGUGCAGAAAACAGGUAGAGGAGGCAUGGCUGGAAGGAGUUGGGGAGGGGUUGCUUGGUCGGCUGCAGCACUGUGGUGAGUACCAACGUAUUGAGGCUGAGUUGUGCCGACUAGAGACUCAAGAAGAGGAGUUUUGGAGGCAAAGAGCAAAACAACACUGGCUGAGAGGUGCGGAUGCCAACACCAAGUUCUUUCACAGGUAUGAUUCUUCACGUAAAAAGAAGAAUACUAUUUCUAGAUUAAAAAAUGAGUCUGAUGUGUGGGUAGAGGGUGAUGAGCUGCAUACUGUUGUGCUCGACUAUUUUCAUGAUAUUUUUGCACCAAAUGUUCCCUCCUCCUCCACUAUAGACUCUUUUGUUGCAUCUAUAGCCCCUCGGGUCUCCCAACAUCAGAAUGAGGCUCUUUUAAGGUCGUUUGUGGUUGAUGAAGUCAAAACAGCCUUAUUCUCUAUGUUCCCCGAUAAAGCUCCAGGCCCUGAUGGUAUGAAUCCAGGUUUUUAUCAACAUUACUGGGAUGUGGUUGGUAGUGAUGUUUCAACUUUUGUACUUAAGUGUUUGAAUGAGUGCUUCUUUCCUACUGGUCUAAAUGACACGAAUGUAGUACUGAUUCCUAAGAAAGCCUGCCCAGAGAGGGUGUCUGAUCUCCGCCCUAUAGCACUAUGCAAUGUGGUUUACUACAAGAUUAUGGCCAAGAUGGUGGCUAAUAGAAUGAAACCUCUGUUAGGUGAGGUGAUUUCUGACUCUCAAAGUGCUUUUAUACCUAACAGACUAAUCACAUAUAAUAUUCUGAUUGCUGCGGAAGUGGGUCACUAUCUUAACAGAAAACAGUGUGGCAUGGUUGGUUGGGGUGCCCUAAAAUUGGACAUGGCAAAGGCAUAUGAUCGAAUGGAGUGGCCCUAUCUACGUAAGAUGUUACUGGCUGGACAGGCUGAAUCCAGAAGGGCAUUCUAUGGCUGUAGAGUCGCUAGGGGGGCUCCCUCUAUCUCACAUUUGUUUUUUGCAGAUGACAGCCUCCUUUUCUUUAAGGCAACAGUUCAGGAGGCGGGGGUUAUCAAGCAGUGCCUAGUUGAUUAUGAGAAUAUGUCUGGACAGGCAGUAAACUUCCAUAAAUCAAGUGUGUGUUUUAGCAGAAAUACAUCUGAGGAUGCAAGAGAUGAGGUAGCAUCUGUCUGGGAGUUGAGAAAGCACGAAAUUUUGGUAAAUACUUGGGCCUCCCAUCCUUUAUUGGAAGGGAUAAAAGGGCAGUGUUCUCUUAUGUUGAGGAUAAAAUCAAGCAUAGAAUUGGCUCAUGGAACAAGAAGCUCCUUUCACAGGCAGGAUUUGAGGGCAUUCAACCUUGCAAUGUUAGGCAAACAAGCCUGGCGUUUCCUAACAAGGCCUCAUUCACUAGUAGCAAGGAUCUAUAAGGCCAGGUACUACCCCAGAACCUCUUUUAUUGAUGCCACUGUGGGAAAUUGCCCGAGUUUCUGCUGGAGGAGUAUCAUGGUUGCGCAUGAAUUAAUUUGUAGUGGUGUGAGGAGAAGAGUUGGAGAUGGAAAAUCUACUUUGAUCUGGGGGCACCCCUGGUUACCAGAUGAUCCUACUCCAAUGGUCCAAACAGCUAUGCCUCCUGAGCUUAAUGGUUCCUUAGUCUCAGGACUUAUUAACCCUUCAUCCGGAACAUGGGAUGAUCAAAUUUUGCGAGACAUUUUCAAUCCUAUUGAUGUGGAACGCAUUUUACAGAUUCCGGUUAGUCCUCAUUAUGAGGAUUCUUGGUUUUGGCUUGGUGAUCCCAAAGGAAGUUAUUCAGUAAAACAUGGUUACAGGCGUAUGAUUGGAGAUUUUGAAAUUGCCCCAGGGAAUUUUGACAAAUGGUUACAUCUUUGGAAGAUUAAAUGCCCUGCAAAGUGGAGAACCUUUGUUUGGAGAGCCCUCUCCAAUACCCUUCCCACUACUAUCAAUUUAAUUAUAAAGAGGGUAGAGGUAGACCCAUCAUGCCCAAUGUGUAGAAUUUCUCAUGAAAACACUAUGCAUUCUCUUGUUUUAUGUGACUACUCAAAGCUUAUUUGGCAUGAUUUUUGCUUGCACAUCCCUAGUGUGAAUGACAACGAUUUUGGCGUGUGGUUUAGAAAGGCUCUUACCGUUUUAUCUGAAGAGGAUAUUAUCAUUGCUAUAGCAGUUAUGUAUCACAUAUGGCGUGCUCGGAAUAUGGCAGUUUGGAGUGGAGCAUUGCCUCUUCUGCAUGGAGUGUGGCGUUCGGCCAUGGCUGCUGUUUCAGCAUGGCGGCAGGUGCAUGGUACACUUCACCAUCAGCAGCUGCCGAAGGUGACGUCCACACGAGCAGAAGGAGCGCUGGUUCACUGCUACGUAGAUGCAGGCUACAAAGCGCACACAAGAACCGCGACAGUUGGGGCGAUCCUUCUAGCGCACGAUGGAGGAUUUCUAGCGGCAUUCAACGGGAUUUUACCUGCUUGUUUUUCACCUCUUAUGGCAGAAUCACUCGCAUGCAAAGAAGCUCUAUCUUGGCUCAAAGACCGUGGCUUGACAUCCGCACAUAUCUACACCGACUGCUCAAUGCUCAAGGACUUGUUAACUACGCCACAACCUACCCUUUUAUCUUAUGUUAGCUUUUCUAUUGAUGCCUCUAGGGCUAUUAUGUCUGUUUUCAAUACUUGUUCAGUUAAUUUGGUUCCUAGAGCUGCUAAUCGAGCAGCCCAUGCUCUCGUAGCAUUAGCUUUCUCGCAGGAAAACUCGUUGUUUUGGGAUUCUAUUCCCCCUGACUCUAUUUCUGGUUUAAUUUAA